AUGCCUAUCACUCUCUGCCUAAAUUGUCUCAUAGAAGGCGAAGACAUUGCCUUUACGAUGAACGUAACAGGUGAUGAUAGUGUCAGCAACUUGAAGGAAUCAAUACAAGAGCGGCGAGCACAGGAUAGUUUAAAGGAUGUCAGUCCUGACUUACUAGGAUUGUGGAAGCUUAAGGACUCCAACCACAUUACCACUGAGCCACAUGACUCUCUCGUUAAGCGUAUCGAGGUCCUGGGACACAAUCUCUCAAAAUUUGCAGACAAUCUAGGCCCCACAAAAACCCUCUUCAGCAUAUUUCCAACACAGCCUCUCAGAGACCGUAUUCACGUCAUUGUGAAGUGCCUGUGUAUCCAGUCCCCACCUCACAAACAACUUUGUCUUACAUCAUGGUUUCCUGACCCACCACGUUCGUGGGACGCCUGCAAGCGGGGUGGAUCCCAGGUGUCGUAUCAGGAUGGGGAACUCUGGAACGAGUUGUUCAAAGGCAUACAUGACUACAGUAAUCGUCGUGCCAUUGUCUUUGCGAGUUAUGGCAGCCCAUCUUCGUUCAUCGACAUAGAAGGCACUCCAAUCUUUGUCGCAUCUCCAGCGAGGGUCAGCUUACUUCCCACCACCCACGAGGACAAUCUGCCAGCUGCGGGUCUCCUUUUCACCUGUGCAGAGUUCGACGAGCUGGUUUCAAAGCAGUAUCCAGACUCAACGUAUUACUUCCAUCCUUCCUUUCUCGAUGCAGUCUUUAAGGUUACCGAGGGACACGUAGGAGCAAUGUAUUCCUUCCUAACCAUUAUUCUUGGAUCUGACCUAUAUCGUGAACUCAAACACUCCGGACAGCAUUACACUUUGGAACUAUUUCAGAAAAGAUUUGAAAGUGCAGCUGCCGGUGUAUUCAGGAGGGGACUGCCUCUAGAUAAUGAUCUCAGGGUGCCAGCUGUUGCUUGUGUCUUUUCCUCUGUUCUUCGUAUGGGUUCUGUGCAGGAUACCGACUUCACGACUGAGGACAAUAGCAGCGCGCUCCAGCUAUGUUUUCGCAAUGGUUGGCUUCACACCGACUACAUUGACAACAAAACCAAGUACUUUUUCCCAUCGUCGCUUCACCGCUGGUACAUAGAAUGGAAGCUGUGGGGCAUCUUGGAUACAACCUUUUGCGCAGACAAUAUCCUAGACUUCGUGAUCGAAGUCAUUCAGAAGUUCUGUCCAAGAAUGCUUUCGACAACACGGAGAAUUAGUGCUGCUGGUCAAGUUCAACAUCCACAUGAAGCUCAGUAUCAGGCUGAAUUUUACCGUUGCUGUCACGCUCAUUCCAAUGGCUCGCUUGUGACCUUUCCCGAAUUCGGUACAGCGAAAGGGCGGGUCGAUUUCUACAUUCCCGCUAAAAAAUGGGGAGUAGAGCUUCUGCGAGAUGGCGUCCAGCUUGCGCAACAUUCCGGGUGGUUUUCAUCGGAAACUGGAUCCUACGGAACCACUCUUUCUCUGACAGACUACAUCAUCCUCGAUUGCCGUACAACCCAACCCACAACACAACACCCACAUCUUCAAAAAUUGUACCAUAUCACGUUCGAUGACGACUUCAGUCAAGUGAAGAUUCUAGACAAUGAGCUCAAGGUAGUUCCCCGUGGAGAAUUUAUGCUGUCGUCAUCGUGA